CUCGGACUGUAUCAUGAUCAAAUCUAGCUGAUCACCUUCCCGUCUUAAAGCUUAAAGAUGACUCACCGUGCACGGCGUCACGGCUACAGCUACUGAAAGUUCCCGGGUUUUCAAGAAUGCGCGCGUCUUCUGUUAAAACUCAUGGCGGUUGUUUGAUGGGUCUCUAACUGAUCUAUAGCGUCACGCGCACAGGAAUAAUCGAUUAUCAACGAUCUGUCUACAGAUUUAGCUCUUUAAGACUGUUGAGAUCAUCAUGUCAACACCCAUGUGAUCUUAUACUUCCCUAUCUCUUAUUAUUGAUUUGAAUUAGGAGGAUCCGAGUUUCAUAGCCGGCGUGCUCUUCGGUGACCCAACUUUGGCAACGAACGAAGGGUGAUUGUAACUCCAUUUAUUGAAAAUGAUUCACGCACUUUCUGCGUAUACGUACUGGCUCCAGGAUCUUUCUUCGCUGUCUAUUAGAUCAUUAGCUGUCAUGGGGACGCGAAAGAAGUUUCACUUCUUUCUGUCGUUCGAAUGACACUGGUACAGACAUUGUAAGUGAUUGUCAAUGGACGUACAAUUGCGAUUUCGCGCACGUUUUUGGUGACUCGCUCUGAGUCAGUCUUCAGUACAUGAGUCUGACUCUGAUCCGAUCUAUGUGUAUCUUGCUACCAGAUCACCUGUUGUUCUCGUUCUUUGCGCUGACUCAAGCAAGUGGGUUGUUUCUAACCAGCCCCACGAAUUUCUAUCCAGGGUCGAUGACAGAUCGGAAAUUCAUCUUAUUAUCACGACGAUCAAGAAGUCGACGCCCGCGCGCAAUUAAGGUGAUUUUCCCCUCUGUUCUUUGUCGCUGAUUCGUCAAUUUAGAGAGAACUUGAGUUUCCGGUUACCGUCAACGAGAAUCACACAGGGCAUGGUAAGAACAUCAGGUGAACCGGGGGAGCUAGUCUUCGAUGCUGCAUGCAUCAUUAUUCAUGAGCUUCGAUGCCAAUCACCAGCUCUCCUAUACAGAAGUCAAGUGCUAACAACAGAAUUAAUGCACGGCGUGCAACUCCUUCAGUGUGCCAUCCACAAUGAUGUGACCUUUUUUUUAUAACUGCUCUAACUCUCUCGCAAAGCUUUGUCGUGCGUUCUCAACACGCUGACGCCGCCUUCUACCCUCCUAACUCUGCUUACCCUCCCACCCCUGCCUGCCCUUACCAACCUGUCUACCCUCCGAACACUCCCGGCCCUUUCGACCCUCUCGGCCCGUUCAACCCCAGCCCGGACUGACAUUUUAUGGUAACCCUAAAGUCGGUCAGAGGCUUCGGUUCUCUCAGGUAACAUGCAACGAGUAUGAGGUCCCGUUGACUUCUGGCAUCAACUUGCAAUGAGGAUGAAAGGGAAUUCGGGAUGUUCUGCAUGCGUUCCUUUCUGACUUCCCAUGCCCAUUCUGAUCGCAGUCUUAUUCCGAUUCUCGCUGUGUCUACGCUGUGUGACUCGUGCUU